AUGGCCGACAUUGACAUUGACGGCGACCUGUCGGGCGCCGGUGGUCUGCUAGUCGACUCGGGCAACUGCUCGCUCACCUCCUUCUCUACAUCGCCAGUGGGCGCAACUACUGGUGGCAGAGGCCACCACCACAGCAACCACAAUAGCCAUCUCACCAACCACGGUCUGAACACCGGACAGCACACGGCAACAGGCGUCUCCUUUCUUAGUGAUCAUCUCAGCUACACCGGAGCCGGCAACAGCCACAACGGCAGCAACGAUGAGCCGGACAUGCUGGAGAACUUUCUGAGCAACUGGGACAUCAACCCGCCCACUCCGGCGAGCAUCACCAGCAGCUGCUCCAGUGCGUCCUCCGCCAGUGGCGGCUCCACCGGCCUGGGUACGGGCGCUGGCUCUUCCGCCUUCUCCCUAGGCACUGCCCACUCGUCCACCAUUUCAGCGUCCACUUCAACUUCCGCCGGGAAAGCAGCGAUGCGCACAAAGACCGCUGGUGGCAACUGUGGCAACGGCACAUCGGCCAAAGCCGAUUCUGCUGCUGCUGCUGCUGGUAAACGAUCUGCUGUGGCAGGAGGUAGCAAAGUGAAGCGGCAAACACCGAUGCACAGCAACAUCAGCAGCAAAAAGUUGGCCAUUGCAGGCGGCCGAACGGUGAACGGCAGCACCACCUCGGCCACUGUAGUCAUCAAAACGGAGCCAGGCGUCGAAUGCACCGCUACCAACAACAGCAGCAACAGCAUCAUCAUCAGCAGCAACACUGCCCAGACAGUCGGAACUGCUUACCUGAACGGAGGUAGAGGCCCACUAGGAACGGCAGCCUCUUCCUCAGCAUCUUCUUCCUCCGCUUGUUCGGCAACCACAACCACCGCCACAAGUCACCUGCCAACCUGUGGAGCCGCUGGCAAAAAGGCCAAGGGCCUUCAACGCCUCAACGCCACCAGCUCUUCCGGUACGCUGGUUAAUGGGGGCAAUCACACAUUGGGCAGCAGCAACACCGCUUCUUCAGCGACCAGCGGAAACAGCACUGCCAAAGGUCGACUGGCCACUGUCAACGCUGCCGCCGUAACCGCCGCUGCCGCCGCCGCCGCCGCCGCCAACAACAGCUCAGUGCAUGGCACUCGAAACUCGCGCAUAAUUGACACUGACAUUACCGAUGAAGAGCGGCGUCUCCUUACCAAAGAAG